AUGUUGUCUGAUCAUCCUACCUCUUCAACUACACAACAGCCCUUUUCGAGCCCUCAGCUAGCGCCCAUACAACAAGCAUCGCCCCCAACAAAGCAGAGUUUAAAGAGCUGGUGGAAAACGUUUAGGCCUCCUGCAAAGACUCAGGAAUCAGGCACUGGUGAGGACCCCCUAAAUUUCCUUUUGUUGAGAGCCCAGAAAAAUAAAUCCCAACCAACAGGUAUAUUUGGGGUACCUUUGCGCCAGAGCAUUGCAUAUGCAAAUGUGGCUAUUUCCCUUGUCGAUGCCGAAGGGCAGAGCUACAUAUAUGGUUAUGUACCAAUAGUGGUUGCAAAGUGUGGAGUUUACUUGAAAGAGAAAGCAACCAAUGUUGAGGGAAUCUUCCGGCUAAGUGGCUCGGAAAAGCGCAUCAAAGAAUUGAAAACCAUCUUCGAUUCUCCUGAUCGAUAUGGGAAAGGUCUUGAUUGGGCUGGGUACACAGUUCAUGAUGCGGCAAACGUUUUACGGAGAUAUCUUAAUUUACUACCAGAACCAAUUGUUCCGCUUGAUCUAUAUUCUCGAUUUAGAGAGCCUUUAAGAGGUCAUACUAUGGCAGCAGUUGGCGACAGUGAUGGGAGCCCGCAAUUUUCCGAUAAUUUCGAUGUUAAUAAGGCCAUAAUCACUUAUCAGCAACUCAUUACCGAAUUACCUCCAUUGAACCGCCAGCUACUGUUAUACAUCCUUGAUCUAUUGGCAGUGUUUGCCUCAAAAUCCGAUGAAAAUCGAAUGACAGCCGUCAACCUCGCAGCCAUCUUCCAACCUGGUAUGCUUUCACAUCCUGAACACGAUAUGGCACCUGCAGAGUAUCGUCUUAGUCAAGACGUACUAAUUUUCUUGAUUGAGAAUCAAGAUCAUUUCCUAAUUGGUAUGAGAGGCACGGCAGCGGACGAGCAAACUCUGAAUGAGGUUGAAAACGGCGGUACCCCUCCUCCAGGAACUCCUACCACACCUGGUAGAUCGAAGGGCACAAUUGGUAGAUCCGCCUCAAAUGCCAGCGCAGGAGCUGAUAGUGUGCGCAAGUUUGGUGGCAUUCGACGUAACGUGUCUGUCUCCUCUCAUCAUUCACGGCAGUCAAAUGGUGCACCUAGUCCGGCAAGCCCAGCUUAUGGUGUUACGCUCACUUCUUCACCUAGUGGGGGCAUCCAUCGAAGCAAUACUGUACCUUCUAAAAAGUCCCCUGGAUUACCAUCGUCUCGAAUGAAUAAAAACUCAGGGCCACCCUCACCAACCCCGGCAGGGUUAACAACCAACCGUUCUAACCGACCCCGAGCUCUUUCACCCGGACUCCCUCCAUCUUCUGCCCACCUGUUACCAUCGUCUCCGGGCUUAGCACUCAAUACCGCUACUGAAUCAAGCCUUGCCGAUACAGCUCAUACCGUGACCAGUCAAGAGCGGCUGAUCCCCGAAUCUAACGAGCGCUCUUCUGAAGUCUCUACUCCCUCUAGAAUUGUCUCAAACCUGUUCCAGCGAUCGCCAACAGAUGGUGCCGACAAGCGACAGCCUAACAAACUAAGGAAAAAGCGUCUUCCAGGAAGCUCAAAUCCUAGCGCUCAGAGUUCGACGAAUUCUUUGGAUGGGCGCUCAUCAUCAGUUUCGCCAGGCCUUCAUGCAUCUCGCGUCAAUCCGGACCACUCGGAUCAUCCGCGCCUGGAAAACCUUUCAGCUUUAAACCCAAUAUUAUCCAACACCCAAGCUACACCCCCUGCUACGGAGACUCCGCGGGCCGAACAACCUGCCCAUUUUACGCCGAUGCGACCAGAGGAUCCACACCAUCCGUCCGAUAGGACACUAAGGCCUGUUAUAUCUCCUGUGUCCUCCUUACAUUCCCAUUCAUCUUUCAACGAUCAAUCAGAUCUUGAUCACGGGGAAGAUCCAGCUCUCGCUGAAGCGAGAGAAAAACGUACGUUGUGGCGUAUGUCGCGGCGUCGGGAUGACUCGAAUACACUUGGAGCUGCACUCAGUCCAAAGAAAAACGGGUCGGAUAGCGGUGCUGGUGCAAGUUCAAGUUCUGUAGGCAGCUCAGGCCGACCUCGAAAGAGUUUCACUGGCGAUACUGUGCCUGUGACCAGCGACUCAGGGUUCCCCAGCGCUCAUAUCUAUUCUAGCAAUGAAAGUGGAUCUAUGGCGCUUGAGGAGAGGAAGGGGCCUUUAGGGUGGAUCAAGAGCAAGAUGCGUGAAAAGCGGGAUGAAAGCAGGGAAAAGGAGGCCGAGCGUGAGCGAAAUAAGAGUCCACCCGGUGACCGACCAAGCAACAUCAGCUCUUCGGCCCUAGCACCACGACGGAAGAGUGCAGACAUUAAUAGAGGAGAAGAACCUGAACACGUCAACGGCCAUGAGCACACACUCCCUCGCCUCAAUAAUAAUCCAUAA